AUGGCGUCGACAAUACUUUCCGCCCUGGCCUGCGCCCUGCUGCUGGCCCCGUCGGCCGCGGCCCAGACGCUGCCGCAGGAGGCUCCCUUCAGCUAUGUGCAACCUGUCAACACCACGAUCCUGGACCAAUACGGACAUUCGCCGCCUGUGUAUCCGUCCCCCAAUGCCACGGGCAGCGGCGGGUGGGAGGCAGCCCUGGCCAAGGCCAAGGCCUUCGUGGCCCAGCUGACGCCUGAUGAGAAGGCCAACAUGGUGACGGGCUACCCGGGCCCGUGCGUGGGCAACAUCCUCGCCAUCCCGCGCCUCAACUUCCCCGGCCUGUGUCUCCAGGACGGGCCGCUGGCCAUCCGGGUUGCCGACUACGCCAGCGUCUUCCCCGCCGGCGUGUCGGUCGCCGCCUCGUGGGACCGCGACCUAAUGUACCAGCGCGGGCUGGCGAUGGGCCAAGAGUUCCGCGGCAAAGGCGCACACAUCUUUCUUGGAGGCAAGGAUUCUGACGACCCGGGGAUGUCACACAGACCAGUUGCUGGCCCGCUUGGCCGAUCGGCGUAUGCAGGGCGUAACUGGGAGGGUUUCUCGCCGGAUCCGUACCUGACCGGUGUCGCCAUGGAGCAGACCAUCAGUGCUAUGCAGAAGGAGGGCGUGCAGGCAUGCGCGAAGCACUUCAUCGCCAACGAGCAGGAGACGCAGCGCAACCCGUCGUACGACGAGCAGGGCAACCUUGUGCAGGAGGCGCUGUCGUCCAACCUCGACGACCGCACCAUGCACGAGCUCUACCUGUGGCCGUUUGCCAACGCGGUGCACGCCAAGGCGGCGUCCAUCAUGUGCUCGUACCAGCGCAUCAACGGCUCGUACGGGUGCCAGAACUCCAAGAUCCUGAACGGUCUGCUGAAGACCGAGCUCGGCUUCCAGGGCUAUGUCAUGAGCGACUGGGGCGCCACCCACUCGGGCGCUCCCGCGGUCCUCGCCGGCCAGGACAUGGACAUGCCCGGCGGACUGGGCCUGUACGGCGUGGGCUGGGGGCGCUCGUCCUUCGGCGCGAACGUGACGGCCGCGGUCAACAACGGCACGCUGGGCGCGGCGCGAGUCGACGACAUGAUCGUGCGCAUCAUGACGCCGUACUACGACCUGGGCCAGGACCGCGACUUCCCGACCGUGGACCCGUCGACAGCCGACCUCAACACCUUCUCGCCGCGCAACACCUGGCUGACCGAGUUCAACCUCACGGGCCCGAGCAGCCGCGACGUGCGCGGCAACCACGCCAAGCUCAUCCGCGAGGCGGGCGCCGCCGGCAUCGUGCUGCUGAAGAACGAGCGGGGCGCGUUGCCGCUGAAGGCACCUAAGUCGAUCGCCGUGUUCGGCAAUGAUGCGGGCGACGACGUGGCGGGCUUGUACAACCAAGUCAACUUUGAGUACGGCACGCUGGCAGUCGGCGGCGGUUCCGGCACCGGCCGCCUCACCUACCUCGUCACCCCGCUCGAGGCGAUCAAGGAGCGCGCAGCGCAGGACAAGACACUAGUACAACACUGGCUGAACAACACGCAGAUCACCACCACGGACAUCACCACACUCUGGAUCCCCAAGCGGCCCGACGUCUGCCUGGUCUUCCUCAAGUCCUGGGCCGAGGAAGCCGCCGACCGGACCACGCUCGACACGGACUGGCACGGCAACGCGGUGGUCUCGUCGGUCGCCUCGCAGUGCAACAACACCGUCGUGGUCACCCACUCAGCGGGCAUCAACACGCUGCCCUUCGCCGACCACCCCAACGUGACCGCCAUCCUGGCGGCGCACUACCCGGGCCAGGAGAGCGGCCACUCGCUGGUCGACGUGCUCUACGGCGCCGUCAACCCGUCGGGCCGCCUGCCCUACACGGUCGCGCUCCGCGCGAGCGACUACAACGCGCCGCCGACCACGGCCGUGCAGACCGCGGGCAAGGAGGACUGGCAGAGCUGGUUCGACGAAGGGGUUGAGAUCGACUACCGCUACUUCGACGCGCGCAACCUCAGCGUGCGCUAUGAGUUCGGCUUCGGCUUGUCCUACACGACUUUUGCGCUGUCGGACAUCCGGGCUAAGCCUGCUACUAGUACUAGUAGUAGUAAUACAAACAAGAAGGGUAUUAUUACGGCGCUGCCGCCGGCCCAGCCCGUCCAGCCGGGGGGCAACCCGGCGCUGUGGGAGACGCUGUACACGGUGAGCGUCACGGUGCGGAACACGGGAAAAGUGGAUGGUGCCGCUGUGCCGCAGCUGUAUGUCAGUUUGCCCCCGGAUACCGUGCCGGGGACGACGACCCCGCCGCGCCAGUUGAGGGGGUUUGAGAAGGUUGGGUUGAGGGCGGGCCAGGCGAAGAGUGUGCAGUUUGCGCUCAUGCGACGCGAUCUGAGUUAUUGGGAUGUUGUGCGCCAGGAGUGGGUGAUUCCCGAGGGGGAGAUUGGGAUUGGGGUCGGGUUUAGUUCGAGGGAUAUUAAGUUGACUGCUGGGAUCAAGCCUGUGUCGGGGUGA